AGGAUAAAUUAUGCCAUUAUACAGUUUAACAAGUAAUUAGAAUUUCACAUAAUAUAUAUCUACGGAUAUUAUGCACUUUUAGCAAAUGCCGGCAUGUCAAUUCUCUGAGGAUAAUCAGAGCGAGGACUCCACCAACUUCAUUUUUAAUAUCAUUUUUCACUCAUAUUUCAAGAUGAAACGACGUCAAGAAGACUUUGCGAAUCUGGUGAACGAAGUUGACAUCAUUAUGUUGGACAUAGAAGGCACAACGACCUCUAUUAGCUUCGUAAAGGAGGAGCUGUUCCCAUACGUCCGUCAGGAGAUCAGUAACUACCUGAAGGAGACCUGGGAUACUCAGCUCACCAAGGACGACGUGGCCGCUCUCACUCGACAGGUUAGCGAGGAUGCCCGUGCGGGUGUUGAACCUCUGCCCACCUCUCAUAGCCCGGAGGUGCUGAUCCCUGCCCUGGUGGCCACGGUUGCUGCUAUGAUGGAUGCUGACAGCAAGGUGCCGGCACUCAAGGCUCUCCAGGGACAUAUGUGGCACAGGGCCUACCUCAACGGUGCCAUCACUGGCCAGAUGCCACCCACAGCAGUCAACUCACACCCAGGCUCCUACGUACUGCUAGGUGAACAUGGACACAGCAGGUGUUUUAAGGAAACACACCCAAAUGUUUCCACCCGUACCUGGGAUCGAACCACGGACCUCACUGUCGUGUACAAUGACGUGGUGGAGGCGCUGCAGCAGUGGAAGAAGGCGGGGAAGCGUCUCGUUGUGUACUCUUCAGGAAGUGUACAAGCUCAGAAGCUGCUCUUCUCACACUCCUGCCACGGAGACCUCCUUCAUUAUUUUAGUGAUCACUUCGACACCAGCGUGGGAGCCAAGGUGGAGGCAGGCAGCUACCGUACCAUCCUACAGGCACUCCACUCUCCUCCUCCUGAGAAAGUUCUCUUCAUCACUGACCUCGUCAAGGAAGCGAGAGCAGCCGAGGAGGUGGGUAUGAGGGUAGUGGUGUCAGUGAGGGAGGGCACAGUGCCUCUCUCACCACACGAUCUGGAGCACUACCCUGUCAUCCACUCCUUCACUCACCUCCUGAAUCCACACCUCUCACCCAGCAAGCGUGCAAGUAGGGAGCAACAAAAGCCUGAGGAGGAGGAGAAGCAGAAGGAACAAGAGGAGAAGCAAGAGAAACAAGAGGAAGAGAAUGCGAAAGCAGAAAAAGUGGAAGAAAAAUAGAUACAUUAAGAGUGUAAGAUUUCUAAUCUCAUGAUUUUCAUUCCAUUUUUAUCUCACAAUUAUGACCUAUCACUCAACAUUUCCUCCACCACCGCCACUACAUCUCUCCCCACACCGCCACUACAUCUCACCCCACACCGCCACUACAUCUCUCCCCACACCCC